ACAAUAAUUCGUAGUUUGCAUUUUAUAGUGUUUUUGAAAACACAUUGUGGGUAGCCCAGGAAACUACAACCUACCCUCAGAUCGGGAGGAAUGAAUUUCCCGGGUGAAGUAUCGAUUAACGUUUAUGCCCGGAAUGACUGGUUAGGUUUUACAGCACACUACCUUUGAAGCAACUUCUUUCUAUUGUCACACAUUUCUGCCAGUAGCUGUACAGCUACUGAACGGCACUCCUGCAGGUCUUUUCUUGUGACCUGAUGUACCAUCAUCAUAGCAUCUUUUGCCGACCUGAGUAUGUUCAAGAAAAUUUUCAGUACUGCGAGUGGUCAGCAGGGACUCGAAAGUAGGGAGACUAUGAAAGCACAGUCAUGCUGUUUAUGAACUUCAACACGAAGUUAAUGAAUCGCUGCUUUGAAGCUGGUACAGUGCACUGUGCAGCAAAUCACAUUUAUCCCAAACCAAACCAAAACAAAUACAAGACCGUGCAAGAUAACAAUUUCAGCACCGAUGUGCUGUUCCGCCCACAGAGAGUCCAACUGAAACUGCAUGUUGGAGAGGAAUAUCCAUUGAAAUUGAGAUACAGGCACACUCAGGACUAUCCAGUGGAUUUGUACUACUUGAUGGAUCUGUCUGCAUCCAUGGAAGAUGACAAAGAUAGUCUUUCUAAACUUGGCAGUAAACUAGCAGCAGAAAUGCAAGCCCUUACAAGAGACUUUAGACUUGGCUUUGGCAGCUUUGUUGACAAGGUGGAAAUGCCGUAUGUUAGCACAGUGCCUGAAAAAUUGGAGCAUCCCUGUGAUUUGAAAAGUGGUCAACCAUGUGCUGCACCAUAUGGAUUCAAAAACCAUUUGAAACUUGAUACGAAUACCAGUCUCUUCUCGAUGAAAGUAAAUGAAGCUAAAGUCUCUGGAAAUCUUGACUAUCCUGAGGGAGGGUUUGAUGCAGUAAUGCAGGCCAUAGUAUGCCAGAAACAGAUUGGCUGGCGACAAAAGGCUCGGCAUCUGCUUGUAUUCUCAAGCGAUUCUGACUUCCAUUUUGCUGGUGAUGGCAGGUUGGCUGGUCUUGUUGAACCCAAUGAUAUGCAGUGUUAUGUGACUGAUGAUGGGAAUUAUACACAUUCUUUAGUGUUUGAUUAUCCAUCCAUUUCACAGAUCAACCAAGUGGCAAGACAGAAUAAUAUCAACAUAAUAUUUGCAAUAACAGAGAGUAUAUCAAAAAUAUACAAACAUUUGGUAGGGAGCAUUGAAGGAUCCUCAUAUGGUAUCCUUUCAGGUGAUUCAUCCAAUGUCGUUAAGCUUGUUCGAGAUGAGUAUCAGAAAAUUGUUGACAGCAUAGGUCUGAUUUCUACUGGUAAUAAACAAUUUGUUGAUGUUCAUUUCAAUUCUUCAUGUAUCAGUGGUGAUUGGAAAGAGACAAGUACAUGUGAUGGACUUCGCCCAGGGAGUGAAGUUGAAUUUAUAGCAACUAUAAAGGUGCUGCAGUGUCCAGAAAACAAGAACAGUGUGACAUUUAAUAUAAAGCCUAGAGCACUAGAAGACAGCAUUACAGUGGAAUUGGAAAUUGAUUGUGACUGUGCCUGUGAGCAGCCUGGAAGUGAGGGUUAUGAGAGGAAUUCUAGAAGUUGCUCCUGGCAUGGCAAUUUUCAGUGUGGAGUAUGUAAUUGUGAUGGUGACUGGUAUGGUGACCAGUGUCAGUGUGAGAGGAAUUCUGUGACCCCCGUGCAUUUGAAUGAAAAUGCAUGUCGCAUGAACAAUAACUCCGAAUUAUGCUCAGGAUUUGGUGUGUGUGAAUGUGGCGUGUGUACAUGUAAUGUACGCCCCAAUGCAAAUGAGCGUUACUAUGGGAAGUUCUGUGAAUGUGACAACUUCACGUGCAGACGACAUGGUGGAUUACCAUGUUCAGGACCAGACCAUGGAAUAUGUGAGUGUGGAACAUGUGUGUGUCAGUGGGGAUGGUCGGGUGAAGCCUGUGAGUGCCCAGACAGUAAAGAGAAUUGUUAUCCAUCUGAUUCUUCUGAAGAGUGCAUGGGCAGAGGAUCAUGCAAAUGUGGGAUAUGCAAGUGUAAAGAAAACUACUCAGGAAAAUACUGUGAUGAGUGUCCGUCAUGUCCAGGACAGAGGUGUGAAAAAUAUGAAAGUCUAGUGGCAUGUAAAGUAUUUGGGACAGGACCUCUCAGUAAGGAAGAAUGUGACAUGGAUAUGUCUAUUACAACAGUGGAGGUGGAUUACAUAGAUCCAGAGGAAGUGAAAAACAACACACAGUUACGAGUAUGCAGCUUUCCGGAUGAUCAGGGUUGCACAUUUCUCUUCCGCUACUUGAUUGAUAACAGUACAGUGGAGGUUCAGCGUACCAAGCAGUGUGGCAGUGAUGUUAAUGUCCUCGCACUUGUACUGGGAGUGAUUGGUGGCAUUGUAUUUAUUGGCCUGCUACUGCUCCUAGUUUGGAAGAUUGUUACUUCAAUUCAUGAUCACAGAGAAUAUGUGAAGUUUGAGAAGGAACGUUCCAUGUCUAAAUGGGACAGGGGAGACAACCCACUGUACAAGCAAGCAACUUCAACAUUCAACAAUCCAAUGUUUGGUGGAGAGUGACCACUUAUACUGAGUAGGCAAACAUAGCACACUGGAAACUGAAGGUGGUCUGCAUCAGGUCAUAAUCUCACCAUGAAGAUACAAAUUCAUGCUAGGUCAUCAUUUUUCAUACAGAGUGCAGAAGUCAAGAGGAAUGUGAUGGACACUAUGCAUUAAAGGUAUAAGAAGUUAAAUUUGUAAUUGCGUACAUAAUAAAAAUCAUAGUUUGUUAGGAAAA